CCGCUGGAGGGCGGUGAACAGACUCGGCGCGCGACGCUCGGGCAGCAGAAGAAGAGCGCGCGCUGAGCGUCUCUCCCGAGUGGAAGUGUCCAUGGAUUUUGGGAAGGAGAGAGUGGUCGCGCUGGUGGACAUGGAUUGCUUCUAUGUGCAGGUGGAGCAGAGGAUCAACCCCGAGCUCAAAAACAAACCCUGCGUGGUGGCGCAGUACAAGACGUGGAAAGGCGGAGGCAUCAUAGCCGUGAGUUACGAGGCCAGAGCUCAUGGGGUCAGCAGGAACAUGUGGGCAGAUGAUGCCAGGAAGCUCUGUCCUGACCUGCAGGUGGCCCGAGUCAGAGAGGCUCAUGGGAAGGCUGAUCUCACGCUUUACAGGGAGGCCAGCGUGGAGGUGAUCGAGGUGAUGUCGCGCUUCGCCGUCAUAGAGAGGGCCAGCAUCGACGAGGCGUACAUGGACCUCACGGGCAGCGUCCAGGAGCGACUGAAGCACAUGAGCGUCCAGGACAUCACGCCGCAGCAGCUGAGGAGCACCUACGUUCAGGGCUUUCCACAAACCAGCGAUGGACCGAGUGAGGAUGCAGCCACAGAUAAAGAGGAGCGGCGGCUCCGGGGCCUGCAGCAGUGGCUGGAGCGUCUGUCCUCGAGCCCGGAGCUGUGUCUGACCGUCGGCGCUCUGAUCGUGGAGGAGAUGAGGGCGGCUGUGGAGGAACGCACCGGGUUCCGCUGCUCCGCCGGCGUCGCGCACAACAAGGUGCUAGCCAAACUAGCAUGUGGCUUAAACAAGCCUAAUCGCCAAACAGUUUUGCCGCUGGGAUCCGUUCCAGAACUCUUCAGCACUCUUCCCAUCAGUAAAAUUCGUAAUCUGGGCGGGAAGCUGGGGACGUCCAUCACCGAGACCCUACGGGUGGAAAACAUCGGAGAUCUCACUCAGUUCAGCAAGAUCCAGCUGGAGCAGCACUUCGGGGAGAAGACCGGGUCGUGGCUGUAUGACUUGUGCCGAGGGGUCGAGUUUGAGCCCGUGAAGCCUCGACAGCUCCCCAAAUCCAUCGGCUGCAGCAAGAACUUUCAAGGAAAAACCUGCCUGGCUACAAAACAACAGGUGCAGCACUGGCUUCAUCAGCUGGCCCUCGAGUUACAGGAACGACUGAACAAAGACAGAGAGAUGAACGGGCGGGUGGCCAGACAGCUGACGGUGGGCGUCAGGCAGGCCGGGGAUCAGAGUUUUUCUCGCUGCUGUGCUCUCGUUCGAUACGACGCCGUGAAGAUGACCUCGGACAGCCUGGCCAUCAUCAAGAGCCUGAACGCCGCAGGAAGUCACCAGGAGGCGUGGUCUCCAGCUUUGACCUGUCUUCAACUGUCAGCCAGUAAGUUCAGCGACGUUCCCUCAACCUCGUCCGGAGGAAUAGCCAGCUUUCUGUCCAGUGACGCUCCUUCGACGCAAUCGCGUCUAGCCUCGACACAAACCCCCAAAACACAGCCGAGCCCCAAGCGCCCGGGGGCCAUCCAGUCUCUGUUUGAGAAGGCGGCUGAGAAGAAGAAAGCGCCUGGGUCAUCCGGUCUCCCUCAGAGAGCUCCUGGCAUCUCCUCCUUCUUCCACAGAAAAGGUGAGGAGAAGUCGCUCCAGCUGACGGAGUCGCUCCAGCAGACGGAGUCGCUCCAGCAGACGGAGUCGCUCCAGCUGACGGAGUCGCUCGGAGCGGACGAGGGCGAUCUUCAGCCGUGUCAGCGCUGUGGACUGAAGGUGCUGGUCUGGGAAAUGCCUGAGCACAUGGACUAUCACUUCGCUCUGGACCUGCAGGAGUCGUUCUCCUCGGCGUCCAGCGGGAAGAGCCAGGCCCCGCCCCUGACCCCGAGUGGCCCGCAGGCCAAGAGAGCGCGAGUGCAGGCAAACCGCCGCACGCUGGACUCCUUCUUCAGAAAGACGUGAGCGCAGCCCCGGCCAGCUCUUCACAGCAUUUGUGCCUUUUCGAAAACUUUUACGGUUUUAUUUUUAUAUAAUAAAUACGUUGCUCGAGGGAAUGCCGUUCAAAAGCAGUUUUCUUUUCUUGUAUAGAGGCCUUGAUCUACUGAACGCAUGAAAGUAACACAAAAACAGUCACGUGGGCUAGGUUUUUUUGAAAUUGAGAAGCGGUCCGUUGAUGCAUAGUUUAUUAGGAUAUGACUAUAUUUGGAAACCGAGCGUGCAAAAAAAUUGAAAUAUUGAGAAAAUCGUUUUGAAAGUUGUCCAAAUGAAGAUCUUCAACACUAAUUCAAAAUUAGGUUUGAAUGUAUUGGUAAAAAUUUACAAUAAAGUUGUCGUUUGUUAACAUUAGUCAUGUUAGUUCAUAAAAAUACUAUCAUUCGUUGUUAGGUCAUGUUAGUUCAGUGCAUUAACUAGUUACCAAACAACUUGUGAUUGACCACAAUUAACAAAAGCUGUAGAAGUCCAGUUCAUUCUUAGCUCACGUUAACUCAUGUCAAGUGAUGUUAACUAAUGAACCUUAUUGUAAAGUUUUAUCAAAUGUACGUGUGGUAGGAAAUGUACAAAAUAACUUUGUGGAACGUAUUCUUUACUCGGUCAUCUGAAAUGUCGUUGUCUGCCUGCUCCACAUCGGAUAUCGUAGAAAUUAGCAAGAGUACAGUGCCCUGUAAUCGUGAUAUUCUGUCAGAAUUUGUUACAUCCCAUUAAAACAGUAGUUCGGCAAUGAAAAAAAAAAAGAAACUGUUAUAUGCUGUUGUGGUUAGAACAGCUAGGAACAAGCAUUGAACACACUUUUCUACCUGUUACAGUAAUUGUUUAAUGCUGGAAAAAGAAUGCAAUUCUAAUAUUGCGAUAAAAUCAGAGGGGCGUAAUAAAACUUGUUUUGCAAA